AUUUCAAAUUCAAAAAAAAUGGCAGGUAAAAUAUAAAAAUGAGUCUUUAGAUUAAUUGGAAGAAAGAGCAUAAAGAAUUUUUGGAAAGUUAUAAUCAAUAUAGAAUAAUGUAGAAGGGGAAAAAUAACAAAAAUUCAAAUUAAUAUUGGGGUAUUUAUAGAGUGUUGAAUCUGCAAUAGAAGAUGUUUAAUAAUAGAAAAAUUAAAAGUUUUUAGAUAUUGCAGAAAAAGUAUUAUUUUAUUAGAUUCUAAGCUUUAAAGAUUGAAAUCAAUGUUAGAUACAGAAAAGGAGGCUAGAGAUCAAAUAAAUGAAAAAAUGAAAAAAGAAAUAUUAUCAGUUGAAAAGAAUUGUAAAACACUUUUGAAUAGUUUCAGCAAGGAAAGAUUGGAAACUGAGAAAAGAGUAUUUUAAAAUCUGUCUUAAUAAGUUGAUUAAUUGUCAACUGAAAUUUAAAAAGAAUUUCAUUAAAAAUCUGAAACAUAAAAUAGAUUAUUAGAAAUAUAAAAUGGUAAAAAUAUAAAUUAUAUAUAUAAGAUCAAAUUCCUUAAUUUUAUUAAGAAAUAGAACAAGAAAUAAGGAUUAGAGAAGAAAUAGAAGAAAAAAUAGCUUAAUAAUUUAAUGAAUAGUUGGAUGAACUUAAAAGAAUAUUUGAUAGUUAAUAAAAAUAAAGAGAAUAAAGAGAGGAAGAGAUAAUAGGAAUAUUGAAGAAAAUAUAUUAGAAUGCAUAUGAUGCUUGCAAAAGAAAUAGAGCAGAUAGAGAAAGAAAUGAAGAAUUAUUAGUUAAAUUAGUUGAAUAAGUGGUAGAGAAAAUUAAAAGAGAAAUAGUUGACUCUGAUUUUUGA